AUGCAACGUGUACCAAUGACACCAAAUGGCUAUCAAGUAUUACAACAAGAGCUUGAACAACUUAAAAAAAUUGAACGACCAAAAGUCAUUGAAGAUAUUGCUACUGCUCGUGCACAUGGCGAUUUAUCAGAAAAUGCGGAAUAUGAUGCAGCAAAGGAACGCCAAGGUUUUAUCGAGGCACGCAUUCGUGAACUAGAAAGUAAAAUUGGUUUAGCCGAGGUCAUUGAUCCAGCAACAAUCAAUUCAGAUAAAGUUGAAUUUGGUGCAACCGUUGAAGUAAUUGAUCUAGAUACCGACAAAAAAAACACCUACACGAUAGUUGGUGAUGACGAAGCCAAUCCCGACGAAGGCAAAAUUAAUGUUUUAAGUCCACUUGCAAAAGCAUUAAUCGGCAAACGGGUUGGAGAUGAAGCUGAGUUUCAGGCACCUGGUGGUGAACGGGCUUACGAAAUACUUAAUAUUACCUAUGGCUGA